GUGGGCCGCCCGCCUCGCGCUCUUGUUGGGGGAAAAAACGUCCCCCUUUCAGUUCCGGGUGCCGAACAGGUCUAGCCGCCGUGCCGCGUCUGCAUGGCCGCAAAUGGAAGCGCAGCCUUCCCUCCUCCGGACGUCUCCAUCGUCCACGCCAGCGAGCACACAGCGCCGCCGACGACGACGAACACCACGACGACGACGACGACCAUCCCAGAGGAAGACGGACUCGCUGGCGACGGCGCGGACCCGCUGCCUCGCUACACUCGUUUUCUGGCGCCUUUUCAGGCAUUCUCCGGCCUCCUGCUGCCGCUGUUCCUCCUUCCCCUCAGCGUCCUUCUGCUCGUCACCUUGGCACCGGACGAGGUCAUGUCUUCGCUCGGCAACUUCUUCAGGGGUUUCAUCUUGCCCGCCUUGAUUGCGCUGGGCCUGUACUUGCUCCUGCACUUUGCGCUGCUCCCGCUAUAUCGCCGCCACCGCGCGCGUUACUCGCAGUAUCUACCCGUGCACACGCAGUCUCCACUCGCCACGCUCUCCUCGUCCACGUCGACCCUUCGUCAACACCUGCUCGCCUUCCUGAUACCUUCCCGCUGGGCUGAGUGGAGAUGGGCCCAUCGUCGAGGGGAGCGCGUUGUCAAUGCCGCCGACGGCGGGGACGACGACGAAGAGAUGGGCGAGGAUCUGGAGUUCGACCUUCAUCUCGACGGUGAGCGCGGCUUGGCAGCAGAGGAGAGGAGAAGGCGAGAUGGUCUAAGCUUGAGCAUGGACGGUCGAGCCGGGAGGGGCGCUGACAGUGACAGAAGGCUGAGUCGGGAGUUGGAGGAGGGAUUUGCAGAUAGCAGCGACGACGAGGAGGGAGAUGGCCAUGGCCGGAACGGAGGGAGAGGAUAAAAUCCGUUGCCAUCGCUCCCUUGUUUCCUUUUUCUUGUACAAUCUCGCUACACUUACGUGGAAAGCCAUGCCGCGGGUUUUGAAUGUACCCAUACGUUGUGCAAUAUUGGAAAGAUAUACGGCAAUCAUGACAAGUGUGGAGCGGGUGUGAGCUUGGCGUGGCAGCUUGCGGAGACCAAAGGCUGCAGCUCUACACAAAAUCAAUAACUAGAGAUGGCAAUAGACGAGUCGUUCCUGAGAAAAUUCAAUGGUUACAUUUUUUUUUUAG